AUGAGUGAAGUCAGCACUAAUCUCCACUCGCCUCGGGCCUACGAAGAUGACUUCUCUGACACCUCGAGCUUCUACGGUGAUAGUGCAACAAAACAAAGAUACCAGAAGAAGGCUCGGCAGAAGAGCGAUCAUGGACGAAUUCAAGAAUGGAAUGUACAGGUUGUCGCUGCAAAGGCUAUGCAACGAGAACACCAGUCACUGGUUACGAAGAAGCGAAAGAACAACGAUGGCAGUGAAAACAACCUGAAAAGAAGACGUCUCAAUGAAGGUCAGGAUACAGCAAGACCGGUCAAUCAAUUAAGUACAGUUCAAAGACAACACAAUAUACAUGAGGGCAACCCAGCCGCCUUGCAACUUGGUGAGUCUGUAGACGACUUCUUAAAAAGAUUGGUGCCCUCUUCAGGCGCGACAGGUGAGCCCUGGAUCUGGUGUGCCAACUUCAGUGCCGAGCACGGUGAGGCUUCAGAUCUUGCAUCGUACAGACAAAUAGGCACCGGACUGCUUGACCAGUAUUCGGCCAAACGCAAUGAGCUUGAAUCGAUACAACCAGCGAAAACUGCCGGAAUCAUUACUCGAAUGCUGGGACCUUACCGAGAUAAACUUCGGGAAGACAUCAUUCAAACAGGUAAGAUUGCUCCGAAUGGGUACUGGAUGUGCUCAUCAGUCGUGUUUGUGCUACUGCUAACCGAUCUUGCAGCUAGAAGGUACAACGUGAUAGCCGGGAAGUGA